GGUUUGGACAAAAAUAGGAUGAGAAAAAAGGGCCCAAAAAAAAAAAAAAAAAAAGGAAGGGGGCGGAAAAAAUAAAUAAAAAUGAAAUGUAACUUUCGCGCUGUUCGAUAGGCAAAACAAACGCAAAGCUAAAGCAGCCUUCCGAAUUUGAACGAACGCGUAGCAAAGGCGGAGUUUCCUUUUUUCCAAUUGAGCGUCGAACAAGCGUUCGUCCCGCGAGGAAGAAACCGCAAAAUCACUCUACAAGCUAUUCCAGUGAGCCACGAACCCCGAAGCAAUGGCUGCCAACAACUCCGAGAAGUUGAUCAUAUAGCGUGUAGAGAAAGCACAGGUAGAGGUAUUGCUUUCAUUUUCCCUUUUUGCCCUAGGCACGUCUUGUUUUAUGCGAACUUAUCUAUUUUCCGUUUGGUUUCCGAGAAAAUAGAAUGUGAAGGGUGAUUCUGAAGAUCUUUUACGUGAUUUUUGUAAUAAUUUUUGUUUUGGUGUUAGCGGAUAUACUCUUCAGCAAGCGAACGGAUCUCUUGAUUUGUUUGUGUGAAUGUAGCUUCCGUCUGCCAUUCAAUUAUUAAUUGCGUGAUUUAUUUGGACGGCUUAAAUAGGAUUUUGGUGCCAUUUUCGGAAUUGGCCGGUCUGAGAGGUUGAAAUCUCCGGAAAAUUUGUGAUUUCGCUGCAGGAAUCGAUUAAUCGAAUGGCCGCUGCUGCGGCUUGUAAGCGUGUGGGGCAAUUAGGAAGAAAUUCGGGGAUCCGAGUAUCCGGUUCUGGAGUGUACGGUGCUUCACAGGUGCUGUUUCCAGCUUUUCGUUAUCCGCAUUUGGAUUGUAGACAGGUUUCUCAGCUCGUGAGAUCAAACGGAAAGCGGCUUUUUCUUGUUGACACUUUAGCGUUGGUAAGGAGAUUAGAGGGACAAGGCGUGCCUUCGAAGCAAGCUGAGGCGAUAACAGCUGCCAUAACUGAAGUGCUAAAUGACAGCUUAGAAAAUGUGUCUCAGUCAUUUGUUUCCAAGGCAGAGAUGCAGAAAAUUGAAAUGACUCAAGAAUCCAAUUUGUCCAAAUUCAAAUCUGAAGUUCAAAACUCACAGGGACACCAUUUUUCUUUGUUGCAACAUGAGACUGAAAAACUGCGGAAUGAUAUAGAGAAGAUGCGAAAUGAAUUAAGGUUUGAAAUUGAUAAAGUAACUGCGGGGCAGAGGUUGGAUUUGAAUCUUGAAAGGGGGAGGAUCAGGGAAGAGCUAUCAAAUCAAAAUGCUGAAACCACUAACCUGACUAACAAACUUGACCGGGAAAUUCAUGCUUUAAGGGCCCAUUUAGAAGCAGCAAAAUAUGAUGUUAUAAAAUACUGCAUAGGUACACUUGUUUCUAUCUCUGCUGUUGGGCUUGCUGUGGUCCGUAUUUUGAUGUAACAUGUAUAAUCGAUGGGUGAUGAAAGCCGAUAGAGGGAGGAUUUCAUUCUUUUGAUUUGUAUCUUUAAAAACAUUAAAAACUGGAAAAAUGUAAGAAAUAUUUGUAGUGGGGUUGGAGGAAGCACUCAUUAAUCAUUACCGUCCUUUGUAAUGGGAUUGAAGGAUGCACUCUAUAAACCAUUACUCUCCUCCGUGUUCCGUUCCAAAUUUUAGCAUUUAUUAGUGGAUUUUCAGUUUUAGACGGGGUAGCUCUAGAGGCAUAUCCUUGGUUGCUCUCACCUUGCUGUAGAACACGAAAUUCAAAAUCUAGAGUUUUUGAAAGUUUAUAUCCUUAUAAAGAAAAUAAUUUGGUAUUAUUCUCA